AUGACUUUCGACGACAUCCCCGAGAACGUCGCGGCCGUCGUGUUCUCGCACCUCGGGGACGACCCGCGAGACCGCAUCAGGCUCGCCGCGGUGAGCAAGGUGUGGAGGAGCGCGGAGAAGUCUGACACGUCGUUGCCGGGCACUCCGAGGGCGUUGUGCGAGCUCGGUUGGAAGAGGAUAACAAAGAGGUACUCGUGGAGAAAGGCGACCUACUGGUGGAGUAAGGCGGCGGCGACUAGAGAUGCCGACGUCAUGUAUGACCUCGGAUGCUGCUACUACAAUGACUUCGAUGGCCUGCUGCGAGACGAGACGAAGGCGUACUACAAUGACUUCGACCUGCUGCGAGACGAGACGAAGGCGUUCGAGUUGUGGGAAAGAGCGUCCGGGUGUGGGCACGCUCACGCCACCAACUUGCUCGCACACUGCUUCUGGUACGGCAAGGGCGUGGAUAAAAAUGAAGCAAAGGCGCUCGAACUGCUCUUCAGGGCGGUGGAACUGGGUUCAAUACGUUCCCCGCGCGAUCUCGGGUUCAUCUACGAAUACGGCCAGUGCGGCGUGGCGGUGAACAAAAAGGAGUCGCUGAAGUGGUACAGCGUCGCGGCGGAGCGCGUCGACCUACAGGCUCAAGACAGGUUGCUCGAGACCAUGCGAAGACUGUCGAGCGAGCUCGCGUCGGCGUGA